AUUGACUCUGUAUCGGUACCCCCUGUAUAUUGUCCCGCUAUUGUUAUUUACUGCUGCUCUUUAAUUAUUUGUUAUUUUUAUCUCUUACAUUUUUUGGUAGGGAAUCUGUUUUCAUAUUUGGUGUGUCAUCAUAGUGGUCUCUGACUUGUGGUCAGACUCGCUCAGGUGGAACAAACUUCAAUUUGCACCUUUUUCAAUGCUGAUUUGAAUGUCAUUGAUAAAACAUAGAGGUGUCAAAGAUUUUUUUUAUGCAAACAUCCUUUCUGAAUUUAAAAGUAUCCUCGAAGUAAUCAUCUAUUUUUUUUCAAAAGUAUCUGUAUUCUGAUUACAAUAUUUUUUACUGGGAUUACAGUUACCAUCUUUUGUAAUCCGAUACUCCCCAACCCCACUUAAUGCAGUUAUUUUAUCGAUAGGAGUGGCAAAAAAGCUGCUUGUGCAUUGAUAAGCAAGCAAUAUCCACAGUCGAGGUACAGAUAGAGCUGGAGCUGGAAUGUGAAGCUAACUGCAGCUGGCUAGCUUUAGAAAACCUUGAGCAGAUCUAGCUUCCUUCGUAGUGUACCCCUCGGGUCUGGCCAGCGUGUUUCAGUAAUAGCCUAUACAGGAGUGAGGCUAAUCUAAAUUCAGGGCUGCUUUGCAGUCGUUGUUGUGAUUGCGUGACAUCUACUUGUCAAAUCUGCAGUUGCGAUUUUCGAGGCUGCAAUUAAAAUUGAGACUACAUAGGUCAGACAUGGGAGUGCCGGUUAGGGUGUACGUGUGUCUAUGUGAGACUGUGAAAGAAGGGGCUUGGGUCUUAAACUGGCCUCUGUUGCCCUGUUUACUUGCAUUCCCUGGCACCAUAUUGGGGGUCUAUAUCCAGAGGGGUUCUGUUGCAUUUAAAUCGAGACCUCUUUUGGGUUGCUGCUCACUCUGUGCUGCUGGCUACUCAACUACAAGUCAUUUUGAGUGCACCAUACAGCAAUGCUGCGUUCAACCACUCCAGUGAUCCAUGCAGUGCAAAAAAAGGAAAAGCUCAACACAAAAUUCUUCCUGACUGGCCCUCCUUUGGUCGCCUCCCUCCUCUUCCUCUCUCCUGCAUAUUUUGUUGGGUUUGUUAUCCCAGCCGAGGGCAUUGAUGAGACCAUGGCAUUGUUGCUGGAAAUUACACAGAGCAGGUUGGUGUGCCAUGGAGACAACAACCAGAGUUAUGUAUGUGAAUCAGACCACUGCUGUGGAGAGUCUCAGUGCUGCAGCUACUACUAUGAGCUCUGGUGGUUCUGGUUGGUGUGGACUCUCAUCAUCAUAUUAAUGUGCUGCUGUGUGUCUCAGCACCGGCGCUACAAGCAGAGCUUCCAGCAGCAGAGGAGACAGAAUGAGAUCAACCUCAUUGUAUACAGAGAGGCCCACAACAACACACAGCAUCUCCCCCUCUAUCUCAGAUUCCUGCCUGACUACAUGCUGCCAACCUAUGAGGAGGUAGUUGACAGCACUGCCACUCCUCCCCCUCCCUACAGUCCCCCUCCAGUUAGCCUCUCUGUCCACCCAGCACCCUGACUGCCCUCGUCCUUCCCCCAGACAACCACCACAUACCCAGACACAACCCCCACUGCGGCCCCCCGUGUCUACACAGGGGGAGCAUGGCAAUGGUUUCCCUGACAACAAUAACUCGGCGUUGGGCAGGUAACUGCGCUUUACAGGCGACUCGGCAAUCGAGAUGUGUGAUAACCAGGAGCUCUGGGCGGGAGGAGGAAGACACAUGCUGGGAAGGGAGGAGGAAGAAAACAUCUGUGAUAGAUGCAGACCCCAGAUUCAGAUCCACACAGACACCAAUAUACACACAGACAUUAGAGACUCAGAGUUGAUCCCCCAAACCUGUGAGUGAGAGGUGUGUGUGUGUGUGUGUGUGUGCCUGUGAAUGUGUCCCUCCUUAGAAGAAAGUAGCACAAUGCUUGCAUCACAAUGUGCAUUCCUCUGUAAUGCAGCCGUGCCAUAUGUAGCCAUAUCUUAAGGUGGUGAUGCACUGACUCUAAAAGCCUGGAGUCUCACUACUGUGCCACACAAAGGCCAAUAGAUUAUAGAGUUCCUGUACAGUUCAAAUUAUGAAUUUAUGCCAUGUCGAACUGAAUAGAAACUAAAAGCGGGCUGGCACGGUUGAGAGCUUUGCUGGAGGUACAAAUUGGUUUCAUAGAACCGCUUUCAACACUGUAGACUUCCUCAUUGGUUUUGGGUCGAAUUCAGGCAUAACAGCGGCCUCUUGUGUUUAUAUAUAUAUAUAUAUAUAUAUAUAAUCGUUGAUUUAUUCAGACAAGACAUAAAUGACUAAAUGAGAUACACAGUCUAACAUCAACAUAGGAAUAUACACAACCGGAAUGAACAAAGCAAGAGAGAUGCGCCAAGAAGGAUUACAAGGUAUAUUCUUAUUUUUCAUUUUUAGAUUAGCAUGGAGCAUCAUCGUCUGACCUCAUGUUAAAGAGACACCACGUUGAUUGCACAAAAACUCACACACCUAUGCAGUGCGGAGGUUAAUGUUUGAAACGGUGAAUAUGACCGGUUUAAUGUGUCUCGGUUAUUGUAAUGUGUCUUCAGAACUCCCUUUUACUAAGGAAUCACGAAGUCUUGUUACGUAGCCUUUCUGUAAUAUAUUAUAUGAUUGAAUAGCCUACGCUUUGAUUAAUACUGUGUAGCCUUAUUGGGAACUGGGUUUCACAUAUCUCUAUAGAGUAGUAGAGCAGCUCCCAGAGGCCAUGAUUGUACUUCCGAUGUGGUUUUAUUUAUUAUUAUUAUAAUUAUAUAUAUAUAUAUUUAUAUAUAACAAUAAUUCUCUAAAGAAAAGUAAAAGAACAUUGAAGUAAUAUAUAUAUAAAAACAUUCACGACACAUUGAGUUUCAAAAGUUAAAAUAAAUAGAGUAAGGUCAGUGGUUACAGUUGUAUAAACCUAUGGUAGUGUUGUAAGAAUCCAAUGUUAAAAAAAAAAAAACGUUUUUGACUAAUUCUAGAGAUUUUAUAAAAUAUUGUAUUUCAAGUAAAAAUAUAUUGCAUUUGG